AUGGGUUUUGGGCCCUUGUUCGUCCGAUGGUAUGCAUUUAACGUGCUCAACAUGCACGAUCCUUGUGCUCUACAUUGGCUCUUUCUGUUGCUCGAUCAAUGCGUUGAGGCCUAUGCAGGCCAAUGUCCUGAAGGAAUUCUACCUAUUAUAGUUUUGUUUGAUGAUAUCUACUAUUUAAAUAAUCAUAGUAAUUCUAGAGCUAAUAUGUGCAACAAACCCCAACUUCUAAAAAAGAUGCAUUUAUUAGAUAAAGGGUCGACGUUGGCUUUGCUCGUUGCUCUGAUGAUUCAUGAUAACUUAAUGAAUCUCAUGGCCUUUAUUAAUUGGAAUGAGUACAAUCUAAAUCUCUUACUAAGGAUCCAUUGUAGGGCAAGCCUGGUGCCAGUGGUCACAUCAAAUCGUUCCCUUGACACUAUAUCUUUGAAGAACUUAGAGUGGUCAAAGAUUAAAGUAAUGAUUAAUAGGGAUAUCAAGGGGAUUCUCUCGACCAUAAAUGAUGCCAACCAAGGAUCAAUGGAUGUUACUUUUAGGACUUUGCUAGCACUUUAUGAGAAAUCAAAGUCUUUGGGUUUCGAGGGGAGUAUGGUUGCAAUGCUGAAACUAAAAGAAAUUAAUAGAAGGGUACCACCAAGAGUGGAGCCUGCAGCUUAA